AUGAUUCUAAACUUUGAUGGCACAGUUAUGGACUUGGAAGGAAAUCCUCGGUUUCUGUGUGGCCUGUGUGGGAGACACUACAAGUACAAGGCGGAUAGGGACCGACACCAGAGGCAGGAGUGUGGGAACGAGAGACAGUUCGCUUGUACUGUCUGUCCCUACCGAGCCAGGCAGAAAAGGACCCUGAAGACCCACAUGGUUCUACCAGCAGGUGGAGGGACGAUCCUGGACCCAGAAGGAAACCUGAGGUUCGGGUGUCCUGUCUGUGGCAGACUCUACAAGUACAGACGAGACCUCGGGCGCCACCGCAGGUACGAAUGUGGGAUUGAGCCCCAGUUCCCGUGCAGUGCUUGUCCGUACCGGGCCAAACAGAAGGGCACUCUCAAGACACAUAUGGCGCUCAAACACAAUAUCAAUGGCGCCGGGGCCAGGUUCAACUGUGACAUGUGCGGGCGUGUCUACAAGCACAGGAAAGACAUGUUGAGACAUGUCCGCUACGAGUGUUUACAAGAUGGCUGCAUAGCGCAGAAGUUCGAGUGUAUGCGAUGCGGAAAAGUCUACAAAUUCAAGAGGAUACUGAACCGGCAUCUUCGCUACGAGUGCGGUCUUGAGCCGCAGUUCGCUUGCCCUCAUUGUCCCUACAAGGGCAAGCGGAACACUUCGUUACAGUCCCACAUGAUGUUGAAACAUCAGAUAUUCAUUCCACUUACUCAUGAAAUCAAGGUUGGAGCACUGCAGCAAAGUCGUCAAGAUUGGAACGUUGCAGCAAAGUACGUUUGUACUCAGUGUGGUAGGAACUACAAGUUUAGGAACAUUCUCAAUCGACACCUUCAGUACGAGUGCGGCAAAGAGCCGCAGUUCGCUUGUCCCCACUGUCCGUACAAAGCGAAGCAGAAAAGCACGCUCAAGACACACAUGACGCUGAAACACAAAAAUGCUCUAUCUCUCUUGAAAGGUGUGCAGUUCUGUCUCAACUGCGGCAGAAAGUACUCCAGCCUCCGGUCGUUGGUGCGCCACCAGCGCUACGAGUGCGGAAAGUUGCCGCAGUUCGCUUGUCCCCUCUGCUCCUACAAGGCCCACCAGAAGGUCUCCCUCAAGAAACACAUCGCCUCCCGCCACACGCAACAGUGGUUUGGCCUGCAGAGCUCGGGGGCGCUGGAGAUUCUUGGUGACUCGAAACUGUUGACUUAGUGCGUCAUUCCUACUUUACUAUGUCGUAUUAAAAGAUUGGUUGUAACUUGGUGUUAUUUUUCUGUCAAUUGUUUUUAAAUAUAUGAGACCCUUGCUGUAAAUGUGUGAUAA